AUGGAGGAGAUUCUGCUCGCCAAUGGCUACCAGCUGGGCAAGACCAUUGGGGAGGGCACCUACUCCAAAGUGAAGGAGGCUUUCUCCAAAAAGCACCAGAAGAAAGUGGCUGUUAAGAUUAUCGAUAAGAGGGAAGGUCCAGAUGAGUUCAUCCAAAGGUUCCUGCCCCGGGAGCUGCAGAUCGUCAAGCGCCUGGACCACAAGAACAUCAUCCGCGUGUACGAGAUGCUGGAGUCGGCCGAGGGCAAGAUCUACCUGGUGAUGGAGCUGGCCGAGGACGGCGACAUCUUCGACCGCGUGCUGCACGAGGGGCCGCUGCCUGAGCGCCGCGCCCGGGCCCUCUUCCAGCAGCUCGUGGAGGCCAUCAGCUACUGCCACGGCUGCGGCGUGGCCCACCGCGACCUCAAGUGCGAGAACGCCCUGCUGCAGGGCCGCACGCUGAAGCUCACGGACUUCGGCUUCGCCAAGCUGCUGCCCCGGAACCGCAAGGAGCUCAGCCAGACGUUCUGCGGCAGCACCGCGUACGCGGCGCCCGAGGUGCUGCAGGGCGUCCCGCACGACAGCCGCAAGGGCGACGUGUGGAGCGCCGGCGUCAUCCUCUACGUGAUGCUGUGCGCCAGCCUGCCCUUCGACGACACCGACAUCCCCAAGAUGCUGGGCCAGCAGCAGAAGGGUGUCACGCUGCCCCGGCACCUGGGUGUCUCCGAGGAGUGCCAGGACCUCCUCAAGAGCCUCCUGGAGCCUGACAUGGUCCUGAGGCCGUCCAUCGAGGAGGUCGGCCGGCACCCGUGGCUGGCCGGCCCCUGA